GAGCUGCAGAUCUUCAGUGUGAACAGAGAAGAGCGUGAGCGAGCAUUGCUGCAGGGAACAGACUCUACCUCACCACAGUGUCUUUGACUGAGGACAGCAGCAGCAGCAACAGGAUGACUCUAGCAGCUUACAGGGAGAAGAUUCGAGAGCUCCCCCUGGUGUCUCUCUUCUGCUCCUGCAUCCUUCCUGAGCCCAGAGAGCCUGCAACUGACAAGAAGGAAGCUGCGGGCGUGGUGGACUUGAACCUGUGCAACAUCCGGGACAUGGAGGUCAUCGAGCUGAGCAAGCGAGCAAGCGGCCAAGCCUUCGAGGUCAUCCUGAAGCCACCCACCUUUGAUGGCGCCCCUGAGCUCAGGGCCACCACGCCGCCUCGCCAGAAACCAUCACUGGAAGAGAUCCAGAAGAAGCUGGAUGCUGCUCAGGAGAGGAGGAAGUUUCAGGAGGCGGAGCUGCUGAAGCACCUGGCUGAGAGGAGGGAGCACGAGCGGGAAGUCGCUCAGAAAGCUCUGGCCAAAGAGUGUCAGGAGUAUCGCGCCACUGCCAACAAGGAGCAAUGGCAGAUGCACCUGAACGCCUCACAGGAGAAAUUGCACGAGGAGGACAAGCACAGUGUGGAGGUGUCUUGAUGGCCUGAUCACAACACAAGCUGAACCUUAUUUGGAAGCCAUUUUGGAGGGCUGAUGAGCUGAUAUUUGAUGUGCUGGGAAGCCGGCGCUGCUCCAGCUCUGAGACUGACUGGAAGUGACUCUGAAAAGAGUGAGAAAAGAAGACAAAGAGGAGGAUGGAGGGCAAGACCGACUGUUCAACCUCCUCUGUACAACCAGGAAUCUCUGUAACAAGACAAACUCUUUAUAACGAGAAGGACGCUGCAAAAUCAGUCAUCAUUAGAUGGUUUGCAGGGGUUUUACUAUGCUUUGUUGCCAUGCCAACAGUGCCAAUGUGCUCACAUGUGUGUGACUGUGUGCGUAUCAACCAAACAUGAAUUAGGCCUAACAUGAACUGGAUCCAUCCCCUAUGACCAAAAGGAAACAGCAGCAUUCACUCUGGGACUUUGAUCAUUGAAAUGAACUGAAAUGAAGGCCAGCACAGAGAGAUGUGUUGGAGCCACUUAUGCCUGGCUGUACAGCUACUCUGAGUUCAACAGCUCUAUCUGCUGAAGGCUUUAAAUCAUUGCAUGUGGUUCUUUAGAGACAUGUAGUGGCAUCUGUAGAUGCAUCAGAAGCAGCAAGCAGGGUUUCUUUUUCUCACAGGGCAGAGAGUCUAAUUCUGAGAUCAGUUUAAGACAAACAUCAGGCAAAAAAGAGUUAAUGUUAGAGAUGAGCCUCUCAUCUGAGAAUGAGAAAAAUCCAAGUUCCAUUAAGAUAAUUCAAACUCAGAGCACUGACAACAUAGAGAUAAAUAUGAACAAAUUCACCCUCCAGACAGGACUCCUAAAAUCCCCAAACCAAAACCAGUCGGCCCAUUUUCAAUGAUUCUUUUAAUAACUUCAUGAACAGGAGGUCCAGGCGCAGAGAUUCUCUGGAUUGCAUCUUUGCUUCUUUGCAGUGAUGUAAUUGGGAUUGCAGCCAAGUGUGACGUGGCUGGGAUGUGAAUCAGCAGCACUGUUCGCAGUCGGGUGGAUUGCCUGCUCUGGAUUGAGAAUGAGUUGGUGCUUUAAGUUGGAGACGAACGAGUGUCCCGGGAUUUUGUUCAUUAGUAAGGAAAGAGUGGAGCAGGAGACUGACUGACAGAUUCUGUUGUGUGAACAGAGAGCUGAACAUCAAGGCAAAGCUGUCACUUCACCAGUCAAUCUACAUUGGUGGUGGUUCAGUAUCUGACCGGGAUGCCUUGGGCAUGUCCUAGGUGAGGUUGUUCUGGGCAUGUCCUACAGGGAGGAAGCCCCAGAGAACAAGCUGGACAGAUUAUGUCUCUGUGCUUGCUUGGGAACACCUCAGCACAACCCUAGAAGAGCUGGAGGGUGGGAGGUCUGAGCCUCUGAGACCGAGAAUGAUUAAGACAAAUCAAACUUGAGUUCUUCAGUACAUCUUUUGUUUUUCAGACUCUGUCUUUGGGUUUGUUUCCCAUCAGUUAUGGAUCUGUUUGCCUUUCCUGUGUAAAGUGGAUGAGACAGUGCUGGAGGUUCCUAUUCGCUGUGCUGCAUUAACAGCAGAGACCCUGUGGCUGACAUUAGCUAAUGCCCUGCUGCAAUGAAUUAGUGGGUGAAUGACUGGAUGGGUGUGUGUACAGUGUUUACAGCUGCUUAUCACUGCAACACCAUUGUAAAGGGUUAUGAUAUGAUAAUAUGUACAGAAAUCACAUUAUAUUUUAAAUUUAAGAAUAAAACAAUCACACACUC